AUGCGCGAGCUCGUGCACGUCCAGGGCGGCCAGUGCGGAAAUCAGAUUGGUGCCAAGUUUUGGGAAGAGCGCGUCAACGUUUACUUCAACGAGGCAACAGGUGGCCGCUAUGUGCCACGUGCUGUUCUGAUGGACCUCGAGCCAGGCACCAUGGAUAGCGUUCGUGCCGGACCUUUCGGCCAACUGUUCCGCCCGGACAACUUCGUGUUCGGGCAGACAGGUGCUGGAAACAAUUGGGCGAAGGGUCACUAUACGGAAGGCGCUGAGUUGAUUGACUCUGUGCUGGAUGUGGUCCGAAAAGAAGCUGAGGGUUGUGAUUGCUUACAGGGAUUCCAACUUUGCCACUCUCUUGGCGGCGGCACUGGCGCUGGCAUGGGAACAUUGUUGAUCUCCAAAGUGCGCGAAGAAUAUCCAGAUCGCAUCAUGGAAACAUUUUCCGUGAUUCCAUCUCCAAAGGUGUCCGACACAGUGGUGGAACCAUACAAUGCAGUGUUGAGCUUCCACCAGCUGGUGGAGAACUCCGAUGAGUCCUUCUUGUUGGACAACGAAGCUUUGUACGAUAUUUGUUUCCGCACGUUGAAACUGACUACCCCAACUUACGGUGACCUGAACCAUUUGGUGUCUGCGGCAAUGAGCGGUGUGACCUGCUGCUUGCGCUUCCCUGGACAGCUGAACUGCGACUUGCGCAAGAUUGCAGUGAACUUGGUGCCGUUCCCACGUCUGCACUUCUUCAUGACAGGCUUCGCACCAUUGACUUCUCGCGGUUCGCAGCAGUAUCGUGCACUGACAGCAUCCGUGUGCGAUAUCCCGCCAAAGGGCUUGAAGAUGGCCGUUGCCUUUGCAGGCAACUCUACUGCCAUUCAAGAAAUGUUCAAGAGGGAGCGCAUCAACGUUUACUUCAACGAGGCAACAGGUGGCCGCUAUGUGCCACGUGCUGUUCUGAUGGACCUCGAGCCAGGCACCAUGGAUAGCGUUCGUGCCGGACCUUUCGGCCAACUGUUCCGCCCGGACAACUUCGUGUUCGGGCAGACAGGUGCUGGAAAUAAUUGGGCGAAGGGUCACUAUACGGAAGGCGCUGAGUUGAUUGACUCUGUGCUGGAUGUGGUCCGAAAAGAAGCUGAGGGUUGUGAUUGCUUACAGGGAUUCCAACUUUGCCACUCUCUUGGCGGCGGCACUGGCGCUGGCAUGGGAACAUUGUUGAUCUCCAAAGUGCGCGAAGAAUAUCCAGAUCGCAUCAUGGAAACAUUUUCCGUGAUUCCAUCUCCAAAGGUGUCCGACACAGUGGUGGAACCAUACAAUGCAGUGUUGAGCUUCCACCAGCUGGUGGAGAACUCCGAUGAGUCCUUCUUGUUGGACAACGAAGCUUUGUACGAUAUUUGUUUCCGCACGUUGAAACUGACUACCCCAACUUACGGUGACCUGAACCAUUUGGUGUCUGCGGCAAUGAGCGGUGUGACCUGCUGCUUGCGCUUCCCUGGACAGCUGAACUGCGACUUGCGCAAGAUUGCAGUGAACUUGGUGCCGUUCCCGCGUCUGCACUUCUUCAUGACAGGCUUCGCACCAUUGACUUCUCGCGGUUCGCAGCAGUAUCGUGCACUGACAGUGCCAGAGUUGACGCAGCAGAUGUUUGAUGCCAAGAACAUGAUGUGCGCAGCUGAUCCUCGCCAUGGCCGCUACUUGACUGCGGCAGCCCUCUUCCGUGGACGUAUGUCGACCAAGGAAGUGGACGAACAGAUGCUGAAUGUUCAGAAUAAGAACUCGUCUUACUUUGUUGAGUGGAUCCCCAACAACAUCAAGGCAUCCGUGUGCGAUAUCCCGCCAAAGGGCUUGAAGAUGGCCGUUGCCUUUGCAGGCAACUCUACUGCCAUUCAAGAAAUGUUCAAGAGGGUGGCGGAGUACUUCACUGCCAUGUUCCGCCGCAAGGCCUUCUUGCAUUGGUACACUGGUGAAGGUAUGGAUGAAAUGGAGUUCACUGAAGCAGAAUCCAACAUGAAUGAUUUGGUCUCUGAGUACCAGCAGUACCAGGAUGCUACUGCUGAAGAAGAGGGUGAAUUCGAUGAGGAAGAGGGGGAAUACGAUGGAUGAGCCAGACAUAAAAAAUGUACUUGGCAGAUUCCUCAUGGGAUAGCCCGUCUCGGCAAUCCUGCAGCCGACCGAGC